AUGAAUCUUUUUGAAAGUGAAAAACCAGGCAUCUCCGAAAGUAUAAUAGAUUUCUACGGGAAACGGUCAUGGGUAUUCCUGGUUCGCAGUUUUUCUCCACUGACGAUCUUUUAUCGAUUUCAUAGCUCUGUUUGCCUCGCGGAAAUUUGGAAAAAUGUCUAUGCGAAUAAAUAA